AUGCUGUCGCGUCGCUUCAUACGACCACCAUGGCACUCUCUAACGACCCGAAUAUCUUCCCGGUCUAUCCUAGCCUCCCACCCCCCUCGUUUCACCCAACCAAGUCGACUGUUCUCCCAAACGCACCUCCGAAGAAACAACUGGCCAAGUCCUCGUGAGACGCGUAAUUACAACCAUGACCCUCACUACCGACUCUCCCAGGCUAAGCCCCUCAUAACAACUAGCCGACUUAAAAGGGUAGCCCGCUCGCCGAGUCUUCACACCGUUAUCGUUCUCUCCGUCCUCGGUGCGGUGGCAUUCUACUUUGCCAAUAUACAGACCGUACCCGUGUCGGGGCGGCGCCGCUUCAACUGCUUCAGCGAUAAGACUGUAGAGGCGGCGAGCGAGGCCCAGGUUAAGAGGCUGAUCUGGGAGGUGGAGCGCUCCGGCGGCCAAUUCCUGAGCGACUGGGAUCCACGAAUGAUUAUGGUGAAACGGGUUAUGAGAAAAUUGAUUCCCGUCUCGGGCAUGGAAAAUGCGAAUUGGGAGAUUAGGGUGAUUGACGAUCCUCACACCGUAAAUGCCUUCGUCCUUCCCGGCGGCAAGGUCUUUGUCUUUAGCGGCUUAAUAUCUAUAGCAAGGAAUGAAUAUGGCCUCGCCGCCGUCCUGGGUCAUGAGAUCGCCCACAACCUCGCUGGGCACGUGGCCGAACGUAUGUCGGGGCAGAUUGGGGUGAAUAUUUUACUCUACUCUGCCAUCCUCCUUACAGGUGGGCUAGCAAUGCUUGGCACACAUUUCAUAGGCGGUGCAAUUUUAGAUCUUCUGUUCUCGCGGCCGAUGGGCCGCAUGCAAGAAAGCGAGGCGGAUUACAUCGGCCUAAUGAUGAUGGCGGAGGCUUGUUAUGAUCCGCGUGAGGCACUUGGAUUUUGGAAACGCAUGGAAAGAGCGCAACAGGGAGAGCCGCCCGAAUGGCUGAGUACUCAUCCAUCCAAUUUUAACCGAAUACAGAAGAUAGGGGAAUGGAUUCCCAAAGCUCUGGAGAAGAUGCAGGAAAGUGACUGUCGGGGUUCCUCGGCGUUUGCCGACUUAUUUAGAAAGGCCAUGGAGAGAGGUGUGCUAAUAGAGUAA